GGUGACAUCUAAUGUCUAAUGUGUAUUGCCCACGUUGCAGGAAUCUAAUUGGAGAAUAGACACAUCGUCUAGCGAGCAGCGGACUUUGGAGCCUGCAGUGAUCAUGUAGCAGGUCCUGGUGUCUUUAGUGUAGAGAGUCAGGUGUGAUUUAGGGGAGCAGAUACCACCUGAGCCGGUCUGGGGAAGCUUUUGGGUUUGUGAUCAGUCUCAGAGACAUGACUCUGCAGAAGUUUGACUAUGUCCAAGACCUGUCUAAUCUGGACUUUUCCUUUGCCCUGGCUAACAUCGUUUCCUCCAAGGCUAUGACCUUGAGGACCUGCAGUUGUGGGAGUUGACGGAGCUGUCAUGGGGGAGCAGGGCCCUUAUUAGCAGCGCCCUCCUCAAGCACUGGGCAGUCAUCCUGGUUUUCUCUCUCGCUGACAUUUGGAGAGGCCUGGGACAGCCAGACUCCGAGAACUCGGACUUAGCCUCUGGAGUAAACCCCAGUGCGAUGUGGGGGAAAGGGACACACUCAUCUUAAAUGUCAGCCCGGCAUUCCUGGGGGUGAGUGACAGCAGGUAAUUAGAAGCAAUUAGUUGUGCCCCUGCCGGGAAACCGGGCAAUUACCUUUCUCUCUGGCUUCCCCCUUCCGUCCUAACUGCUCAGAUGGAAGCGGUAGAAGCGCCUUGCUCCCUCAGCGGCAGAACGCCGAGCUGGCGCGGGGACCAAGGAUGAGCUGAGCCGGCUAGGGUCUCCUCCUCCCGCCGCCGGCGCAGCGGUGCAUUGUGGAGGCAGCGGCAGCGCGCCCAGCGCGGAUCCACAGCCCGGGACCGCGCGCGGGGAGAGCUGUCCGAGGUGCUGACCGUCCCGCCCGCGGCCCGCGCGUCCGCCUGCACAGGUCCGCGCACGGAUCCACGUCCUCGGGUGGCCCGCUCCUUCUGCCUGGCUCACCUCUCGUAACUCAGGGGCGCAGCGGCUGAAAGAAGUCAUGGUCUUCGCUCCAGGUGAGAAGCCUGGGAAUGAGCCAGAGGAGGCGAGGCUGCAGGAUGCCAGCAAGCAGAUUGUACAGAAUGCCAUCCUACAAGCUGUGCAGCAAGUGUCCCAGGAGAGCCUGCGGAGGGGAGGCAGACCCAGUGACUGCCGGACCCGGGGCCAGCUGGGAGGGUGCGAGCUGACCAAGAAGCAGGAGAAGAAGUAAUGGGUCUAACUGGGUCUAGCUCUUGUCAUAUGCUUGGUGUCUGCCUUUCCUGUUAGCGUAGACGUGCCACCAAAACAUUGCCAGUAAGCAAAGCCAAGUGUCAUAGAUGCCUGUCAGUAGGGCACGUCCAUGCUAGUCUUUGAGACAAGCUAUGGUUUCACAAACCUGCAUCAGGAGCUCUUCACAUCUACGGGGAGACUUUGGAAGCAGCUGAGCUGGACAGCACUCACACUGCAGAAGUCCCUUUGCAACACAACCUAUUCUCCAAGUUCUUUUAAAAAAAAGGAAUUCUAACUCUUGUUUAUUUGUGCAUUCUUCCUAUGAAUUCAAUCAGCAGUCUUUAUCCCCCUUUUGAGUCACUGAGAGCUGUUCUGUGUCCUUUAUAAAUAUUAAAAGAUACACCAGGAAGAUGAAGGAACAGAGCAUUGGCCCUGUUCAAAUGCAGACUUGGUGGCUUUUAUGAUGAGAGUUCAGACGCAAGGGCAAACUGAGUGGAUUCUAAGACCCUGUCCUGCACUAGGGCUUAUGUGUAUGUUAUGCCAAGAAAGGGAUGCGUUUAUGCCUUGUGAGAACUCAGUCUUUUUUAAAAUCUCUGUUCCCUGGGUUGUUCACAGUUGGUGUUUACCUUCUAUGCAGAGAUCCGGUGGGGACAGUAUGGACAUCUUCUCUUAAGUCAAGAUGAAAAGAGAUGACUGAGUCUACACCCAUAAGUUUCCGAUGACUCAAUUCUUUGGUCAUCUAAAGGGAACGGUACAUGCUCUGGGCCUCUAAGCUGCUCCCCAUCCUAGAUUUACCUACCCUUGAGACUGGAGAGAGCAGCCUCUUUGGCCAGGAGCCUAGAGCCUGUGACUGCUACGCUAUAACCCAGCUCUGUGUCUUCACUAGUCCUUACCACUAGACUUUCCCUCUCCCAUGAAAAAAAAAUCAGCAUGACUUGUUUUUUUUUCUUUAAUUUUCUUUAAUUUUAUGAAAAUCGUAAGGUCAUGAAUAAGUUCUGUGAGGAUGAUAGCCUCCUGCUGCUCCCGUGUGGACAACAGACGCCUCUCUUGAGUCUUUUAGAGCCCCAUUUACUUCAUGAAAGCCACUGAGUUGGUGUUGCUGGGGACCCAAGGAAGAAUCCAACCUGCUUGAAACCCCCCAGGCCACAGACUAUCAGUUGUCUACAUUGUCAUACACUCUAAAGGCGAAGUAUUGCUAGUGUUUAGACACCUCCAAAAUUCAAAUAUACCAGACUGUGUGUGGCCAGGGAGAAUACAGACAACACCAGUCGGGAGAAAACCUUUUUUCACCAUAUUAGACUAUACUUGACGACACACGGGUGGAGCAAAUUGGUUCAGGGAGAGAAUCCAUGAGGGGAAAAUGAGAGUGUUAAAAUUUAGAUAUCAUUUAUUCAUCAAAUUUUGUUUUUAAAAAGACAGAGCUCACGGCAAUUAACUGUGUUUCUGCUAAGACAUCUAACUAUUACCAACCUUGUUUUUCUGUCAAAUGGUAGAAACAUAAACAUGUUACCUUUCUUCUCUGGUGUAUAUGGGGGGAAUAUUAUUGAUUUCUGUAUCUAAAUACUAUUUAUAAAUAAAUUAUAUCUAGCUUUGAAA